GACGGGCGUGCCGCGGCCGAGGGGGGCGGCCCGCGGGGGGGGCGCCGAGUCCAUGGCCCACCCAGCGGCAGGCAAACCCGGGGCCGUGCAGGCGACGGCGAUCCGGAUAUUCCCGCACGACGUCGGAGUGAGCCACGACGACUUGGUCCAGAACGUCUGCUGGUUGGCGCGCAUUUUUAUCAUCACCGGGGUUUUGCUGAACGCGUUCGAGGGAAUCCUGUGCCUCGCUGGCGACGUGGCCGACGCGCACAUGACUGGCGCCAAGUUGCUGCUGUCCCUCGGCCACCUCUCGGUCGUUGCGCUAGCCUCCCAGGGGCCAGAGGGGAUUAAGAUCGAGGCAACGGGGAGGAAGAGUUCUUUCAGAACUAGACAUCCGACGGCGCGAUCUUGUUCGCAAUGUGGCUUGCAGCAGGUCCGUGCCCCUUCCCAGGGACCUUUUUUCUUCAUCGUGUGGCGUUCUUGACGUUCUCGAAGUUGCCAGACCAUGCCCG